GAACUGUCAGAUGGGAGUUUUGUCGUGUUGUCUCCAAAGAUCCAACUUCAGCUUCAUAGUAGAUUCAGUAUGAGUGGUGCGCUCGCACAAUAAUUGUAAUAGUCUAACUACUGUGUUUUUGGCGUUUACUUUAAGGUUAUACUUAGAACCCAUGUCUUUGCCUACGGAGAAAACUUCCGAGCUGAAGCAAAUGAUUCACAGCCAUCUGCUGAAGAUGGAUAUAAACAAGAAGGUCCAGCAGGUUCUCGCUGAAACUGUUCGGGACGGCCAGCGAACAACACAUGGUGCUCUGUCCGAGGCUGAUCUUGUUCAUGCUCUGCAGCGCAGAGGCAUCAUCGAUGAAGUGAUCAGGGACAUUCAUGCGAAUCAGGAGGUCUCAACACAGCCAGAACACGAGUCUGUCCUUAAGUCAUCUUCCCAUCCCAAUGGUAAAAUACAAACUGAUAUGAAAAAGGCCAAUGUCAAUCCAUCUAGGCGGCACAUGUAUCUGCAGGUGCUCGGUGGUAAGGCCUUCCUGGAGCACCUACAAGAGCCAGAAGCUUUACCUGGGCAGGUGUGCCCUACAUUUACACUUUACAUGCACUUCCGUAAUCAGAGGUUUCGCUCCAAGGCUGUUCCAUGUGCGUGUGAGCCAGAUCUGAAUGAAGGAUUUCUCCUAGAGGUUCACAAAGACAGCCAUGGUGAAAGCAGUAAGAUGGCGGAUGCAACCACCAUGUUGUCCAUGUGUGAUCCAAUUCAGCUUGUGCUCAUCAAAACUGACACCUCUGGUGAGACCUCCCUGGUCUCGUCAUACUUCCUUGACUGGAGAAGAGUUCUUUGUGCUCCAAGUGGAAGGACCUGUUUUGCUGUGGAGCUCAUGGGAGUUGGAAGUGAAUCCAAGCUCCCAGUAGGGAUUCUAACCAUGAGUCUGGAGCUUCAUCCUCCUCUCAGUGAGGUUCUGAAUGCCGACAUCAUCAGCACGCAGCAAUCACUGGAACGACAGAGGACUGCUGAAAAGGAGAGGCUCUUCCUUGUCUAUGCCAAACAAUGGUGGAGGGAGUUUCUUGAGAUUCGAUCCUCGAAUCAGUCGAAGAUGGUCAAAAUCUUUGCACAGGAUGAGAAUGGGGUCAACAGGCCUGUGUGUUCAUACGUGCACAUCCUGCGGGCUGGCAGGUUGCUCGAAGGCCCCCGGCAAGCUGCCCGCUUUGUCAGCCUGCUGGCCCACGAGAAGGCUCCAGUGGUGGGCGGAGGGGAAAAGCAGGAGCAGUGGUGUACCCUCAUGGCAUUUCUUUGCAGGAGAAAGGGGGACUGUGAGGACCAUGCCACACUGCUGUGCAGUCUUUUACUGGGCUUCGGCCUGGAUGCAUAUGUGUGUGUGGGCAGUAAAGCAAAGGGAAUCCCCCACACCUGGGUCAUGACCCGAGGAACAGAUGGGAGCAUCACUUUUUGGGAGAGCCUCACAGCACGCAGAUACCUGCAUCAGUCUAUAGAUCCAGAUGCUCCACCUCUGGCUCCUCAACCCAAACCUUCUUCUCCCUAUCGUACCGUGGGCUGUGUCUUUAACCAUCAAACCUUCCUGGCAAACUGUCAGCCUACAGACGCUGUGGACCUGUGUGUCUUUGACCUUCAGAAUCAGUCUCGGUGGAAAGCCAUGAGUGAAGAGGCUCUGAAGUCUGUCUGCACACCAAGCGUCUCCCCCUCUCUUCCUCCACUCUGCUCCCCAACAUUGGAUGCUGCGUCUGCUAGCAACCACUUGGAGCUGGAGAUGCGGUACCACGUCUCAGAGCACAGGAAGGACUUGGGCCUGGCGACAGUCUGGGACGACCACCUGUCCUACCUACUGUCCUCGGCCUUGUCUGCGUAUGAGCUGGAGCGCUGCACUGGCGUCUCCUGUGGAAAUGAGGAGUUCCAGGAUGCAGUGAGGAGGGCAGUGCCUGAUGGCCACACCUUCAAAGGCUUUCCCAUCCAUGUCUUGCAUCGCAAUGCUCGCCGCGCCUUUGCCACCUGCCUCAAGUUUCCAAUCUGUGAUGAAAUCGUGUCUUGCCGUGGAGACCACGUGAGACUUGCGAUCCGUGUUCGUGUGUUCACCUACCCAGAGGACGCGUGUGCGGUGUGGCUGAUGUUUGCUUGCAAAUAUCGAUCUGUUUCCUGACCUACGAUGGACGGAUGCACCUCUGACCUGAACUUGUUGGAUUUUUACUGCUGUAAAUAUUUUGAUGUGUGUAUAUA